AUGUCAAGCGGCAUUGAGGGAUGGGAAAGCGCUUGGCCCCUUCCCCCCAGCUGUGAGGAGCUCGCUCAGAGCUGGCGGAGUGUGGAGUGCCCCCCCCCCAUCCCUUCCUCCUGUCCCGGUGGGAGGCAGGAGCAGCCCCAGACCGAGGAAAAGCCACGCCACUUCCCCGCCCAGGGUGGCAGGCGGCACCGAGCGGGCAAGUUGCCAGCGGCCAGGAAUGUGAGGCUUUUGGUCCAAAGCCCUCCCGAUGUGGGCUCGGGUUGGCCGGCCAGUGGGAGGCACCAAGAGACAGGGGCACGGGGGGUGGGGCGGGCACCUGGGGGCCGGGGCUCGGAGCUUGCGGGGGUUCACCCACUUGUAGGUGCCCUCGUACUGGAAGCUCCCUCUCUUCAUCAGCUCUUCUGCCUCCGCGCGGUCUCGGCUGCGGUAGACAUAGGGGUCGGGCUGGGGCUUUUUCGCACGCAGAUCGCUGCUAUUGUGAAAACGCAGGAACUGAAAAACCGGGCAAACGUCGGCUUCUUUGAUUUGAACGAUGAACCUAGCAGUUUGGGACAAAGACUGUCACCGGAAACUGCUGAACUGAGUGUCAGUCCAGAUCCAUUUUCAAGUUCACUGUUUUUCCCUCCUCCUGCUUCUCCUCCUCCUGUGCCCCCUCAGCUUUCUUCUCCUCAGCGUCCGUGUUCACUCACACGACCAGAAACUAAUAAUACGUGUAACUCAGAUAACUCAGCAAGUGAAAUGAAAAGACAGGCCUCAGGUGAUAGUAAGACUAAUGACAGACAUCGUUUGAAAAACCAGGAAAAUAAAGAUGUUCCGAACACGUUGGACGUUCUGAAGGACAUGAACAAGGUUAAGCGCCGUGCUGUUGAACGGUCACCUGCUGGGAGACCCAUUCGUAGGAGGAAAAGACAAGAUUCACACCGGGAUCCAGUGUCUUUAAUAUCCCAUGCACUUAAGCAGAAAUUUGCAUUCCAAGAAGAUGAUUCCUUUGAGAAAGAAAAUAGGUCUGGGGAGUCUUCUCCAUUUUCUAGUCCAGAAACUUUGAGACUGAGCUAUAAUUAUGUAAAGUUAAUUUUUUAAGUUUUCAAAAGUAUAUUGUCCAUGGUAUAUCUUUGCCCUCAAGCUCUCUCGAAGUUCUUGUGCAGAAUGGGCCGUACAGUUAUUUGCUGGUACCGCCAACAUUUGUUAUUUCUGUUAACUUA